UUUGCGCGACGAAUUUGUUUUAAAUGUGGAAUUAGUGAAAUAAUGCUUGAAAGUAAAUAAAUUAAGAAAAAAAGUAUUCAAUCAAAUCGAAUAAGAAAGAUUAUUAUUGCAUCUGUGCGAAGUGCAAUUGCACAAACUAUUCGAGUAUUGUUUGUCGUUUAAAUAAAAUAUAUUUUACAUAUUUUUGUGUUUUCGUAACUUCAUUAUUGCAACAAUAAUUAACAUAAAAACGUAUAUAAUUCGUGCUGUUGCGGUUGCUUGUUGUUGGCUUGUUGGCUUUGUUGCUGUGCUUAAAUUUUUUUAUAAUAAAGAAAUGAAAUACGACUACAUACAUAAAUAAAUAAGUGAAUUGUGUGCUCAACUGCCGCUGCUGACGUCGCUGUUGACGUCGCUGAACUUCGCCGAACGCCGUCGUCGAAAGCUAAUUGCAUGACGUCGACAGAGGUGUUUCACUUUUCAAUUGAGAGCUUGUGGAACUGAAAGCUUAGAACUGUUGGAGUUCUCAGCGUUAAUCUUAAUUCUAUUAAUCUACAAGGGUCUUCCCCAAAAAUAACAACUUACAUACACUGACGUCUCAAAAUGUCAUUCUCGAUGCAAAAGCUGCGAUCACUUCUGCCGAGGGCGCAACAUGGCAGUCUUUCGGCAGAUCAGCGACAUUCGGUGACUUUAGAGCCUGAGGUUGGCUUUCAAAUUUCAAUUGAAACGGUUUUGCAGCAAAAUGAAGACAGUAGCGGCCAAUUAAAUGGUGUCGAUAACACAGUACACGGCAAUGCAAAAGCAAUACUGAAUGUGCACUUACUUGCGGCUCGCCACCUACCGGCAUUAUUUGGCUUUAAACUUGUUCUUGGAUAUGUGAUUAAAGUGAAGCUAUUUCCCGGCACUAAACGCUUGGACAGUAGCAUUCAGACAAAUUCUUGGCCAAAAUUUAAUGAGACUUUUAAAUUUCCAUUAUCACCGGAAUACAAAUCAUCUUUGAAGCACUCGUCCAUUAAUGGUGGCGGCGGCUCAACAAAAUACGUAAGCGAAUUUACUCCAGAGGAGCUUUUCGGUGGACAAUUUGUGGUUUUCACAGUUUAUGCGCUUUUGGAACUACCACCGGCGCAGAAUUUUAAUCGCUUUAACAAAACUUAUCGUUCCCUGCGUGACAAAAGCACGACUUUUGUGCAAAAAAUGGUUGAAAGUUCAGGAGGUGUUAAAGACGAUAAAGAAAAUAGCGAAAGUUCGGAAAAUGUUAAUGGAAAUGCGGGUCAGAAAGUGAAGCGGAAGCACAGUAGUGCCCAAGCCAGGGAUGCAAUUCCACCAUUAACAAUUAGUGAAUCUCGUCGAAACUUAGGAUCUGUUACAUGCUAUCUGGAACCAAAACUUUUCACACGCAAUCCACGCAAUGGUCAGUAUACAACCGAAGAGCUAUGGUUGCCAAUCAAGGAUAUAACAACAACAGUAGUGAAAAGAGCUAAUAAUAACUUGGCGAAUGCUCCCAAAGGUGUCGUUGAACUAAUACUAGAAUUGAAAGAUAUCACUGCCAGCAUGGAAGAUGCAACGAACGCUGAAGCGGCUCAGGCUAACACUAAGGAAGUAUCGAAUAAGUCAAAAGAUCUCAUAAAAACGCAAGAAAAUACCAGCAGAGCAAUAUCACCCACAACCACAAAUGGUGGAAGCAAUAAGAAUCUUCAAUGGAAUCGCGUGAGCACAGAAGUGAAACGAAAGAUUGGCAUCAACAACAAUAACAAGCCACAAAACAAUCUCACACUGCGAGUAACUACCGCACGCAUGCGUUGCAACAACAAAGUCAAGGAUGAGCUAGAAGCGACUGCAGGUAGCGUUUAUGUGAAGACAACAGUUUUUGAGCAUGGCAUUUAUGUGGAUUCCUGGAAAUGUAGUACAUUUUAUCCAUCCCUCUCGACCAAAUGGGAUGUAGGCGGUGACUCAGCCACAAUCAUUGUACCUUUGCAAAAGAUGGAGCAUUUAGAAAAUAUGCACAUUCGCACGACAGUGGCAACCAAAACGAAAAUGGGCAAGAAGUUGGUGCUGGGAACAGUGUUAGUGGGUGCAGCGGUCGUCAACGGCUCCGAACAUAUGCAACUGCUGACGCAGGCGCAGGUCAACGAGAAAAUCGCCAUGUGGCAUUGUUUUCAUUAGCCGGUGUCUAUAUUGUUUUUCAUCCGAUAUGCCUAAAUUAUUUAUCAAUUAAUAUUGUUUAUAUAUAGUUUUAAUUUAACAUUCGUUUGUUAAUAAUUCAAAAGUAAAAUUUGUGCUGAAGAUGUUGGCACAGAGAUAGCCAUGAUAGUUUACUGUACUUUUAGAAUUUGUUUUCAAUCGUUUAAUGCCAAAAUUACCAAUGUUAAGAAUACUAGAAACUAUACUAUUUAUUUUAUUAAAUAAAUUAUUUUAUAAUUCGUGAAA